CGCCUCAAUUUGAAACAGUCUACGCACACCGAACCCUCGAGUUACACGCACGUUGUCUGUUCGUUCUUGUACGGUCUUAUAUCUGCUCGUCAUCCGAAGUCUCCUCGUCUCUUGGAACUUUUUUCCGGCUUUCCGCUUGCUCAUAUAGAAUUCGAUUUUUUUUCGAAAAAUUAUCCUCGUCUCGUUUUAAUAUUUCGUUUGCAUUAUAUUCAACAUGACUUUGGAAUCCUUCGAAACCACCAUGCGUAAAAAUGAUAGAACUCUAGCACCAGGACAAGAAGGCUCGAAAAUGGACACGGCCGCCACCAGCCGCCGUCGCAAUGCUUCCAAGUACAACAUAAAUGCGAUGCUCGCCUCGACUUUCUUCAUGAUGUUGUGCUUCUGCUUGUUGUCUAACGCUGGAGCUGCUUCCUUACGCAAAGAAAGAGCAAUAGCGUCCUUAGCCAUUGAGAGUACUACAGCUCCAACCAAAGAGUGCCAUCAAAAUACUCCAUGUGGAUGGGCCAUUUACAUUCCGUUCACCCGCCGUAUCGAUUAUUUCAUGAAAAACACAUGCAUUUGCAACUCGUCUUUGGCGUGCUUGAAGACCGACGACGAUCUGUCCGUGAACGCGUACGUGUACCGCUGCAAGGUCAGACCUGUGACUACUACGGAAAUCAUACCGACAACCAUCUGAGAUUUGGAUGAGGGAUAUGCAGCGAAGCCGCGGUCAACACCACAUCACUGGCGUUGCUUCGUCGCCACUGAACAGUAAAUUUUUACUAAAAAUAUUCCUACUAUACCAAAUCUAAUGUUCCCAAGUAUCAAUUUUUUUUUAAAUUUUUGUAAUUAGUUUUAAGAGUUGAGGAGAAGAAAUAUUUUUUAUACUUU